AUGAGCAAAACAGACGAGACAGCSACCUGCAAGUGCCAGAUCAGGGCRCUCCUCSUGUGGGACAGCCCGGUGACAGCCUCCAUCCAGGAGCAGUACUGUGAGAGCCUGCUGCCCAUCACCAACCAUACUGGUCCCCAGUGCAAUGCCUCGGUGGAUCUGAUCGGCACGUGCUGGCCACGGAGCGCAGGGGGACAGCUGGUGGCCCGGCCCUGCCCCGAGUUCUUCUAYGGCGUGCGCUACAACACCACCAAUAAUGGGUACAGGGAAUGCCUAGCUAACGGGAGCUGGGCUGCACGUGUCAACUACUCCCAGUGCCAGGAGAUCCUCAGCGAAGAGAAGAAGAGCAAGCUGCACUACCACAUCGCCGUUAUCAUCAACUACCUGGGCCACUGCGUCUCGCUGGGGGCCCUCCUYGUGGCCUUUGUCCUCUUCAUGCGCCUGCGGAGCAUCCGGUGCCUGAGGAACAUCAUCCACUGGAACCUGAUCACAGCCUUCAUCCUACGCAAUGCCACAUGGUUCGUGGUGCAGCUCACCAUGAGCCCAGAGGUGCACGAGAGCAACGUGGUUUGGUGCCGCUUGGUCACUGCUGCCUACAAUUACUUCCAUGUCACCAAUUUUUUCUGGAUGUUCGGCGAGGGCUGCUACCUGCACACGGCCAUCGUGCUCACCUACUCCACGGACAAGCUGCGCAAGUGGAUGUUCAUCUGCAUCGGCUGGUGUAUUCCCUUUCCCAUCAUCGUCGCCUGGGCUAUCGGGAAGCUUUACUACGACAAUGAGAAGUGCUGGUUUGGGAAGCGAGCAGGAGUUUAUACUGACUACAUUUACCAAGGCCCCAUGAUCCUGGUGCUUCUGAUCAACUUCAUCUUUUUAUUCAACAUUGUCCGAAUUCUCAUGACAAAGCUCCGAGCUUCAACCACGUCGGAGACAAUCCAGUACAGGAAAGCAGUCAAGGCCACGCUGGUGCUGCUGCCCUUGCUGGGGAUCACCUACAUGCUGUUCUUUGUCAACCCGGGAGAGGAUGAAAUCUCCAGGAUAGUCUUCAUCUACUUCAACUCCUUUCUGGAGUCCUUCCAGGGCUUCUUCGUCUCUGUCUUCUACUGCUUCCUCAACAGCGAGGUGCGAUCGGCGGUCCGGAAGCGGUGGCACCGGUGGCAGGACAAGCACUCCAUCCGUGCCCGCGUGGCCAGGGCCAUGUCCAUCCCCACCUCCCCAACCCGYGUCAGCUUCCACAGCAUCAAGCAAUCCACAGCUGUCUGAGCUGGGACCCAGCGGCCGC